UACAAGUCCCAGAAGCCCGUGCGCGACCAGGAGGGCGGGCAGGGCUGGGGACUGGGGUACCGCCUCCUCUGCAACGCCGUGGCCAAAGUCUUAGCACCGAGGGCCCGCAGGGGUCCCCGCGGCCGCCGCGAUGCAGAAAUACGAAAAACUGGAGAAGAUUGGGGAAGGCACCUACGGAACCGUGUUCAAAGCCAAAAACCGGGAGACGCAUGAGAUCGUGGCUCUGAAGCGGGUGCGGCUGGACGACGAUGAUGAAGGGGUGCCCAGUUCCGCCCUCCGGGAGAUCUGCCUCCUCAAAGAACUCAAGCACAAGAACAUCGUCAGGCUCCAUGACGUUCUGCACAGCGACAAGAAGCUGACGCUGGUGUUUGAGUUCUGCGACCAGGACCUGAAGAAGUAUUUUGACAGCUGCAAUGGUGACCUAGAUCCAGAAAUCGUGAAGUCCUUCCUCUUCCAGCUGCUCAAGGGCCUGGGGUUCUGCCACAGCCGCAACGUACUGCACCGAGACCUGAAGCCCCAGAACCUGCUCAUCAACAGGAACGGGGAGCUGAAGCUGGCAGACUUCGGCCUGGCGCGAGCCUUUGGCAUCCCCGUGCGCUGUUACUCCGCCGAGGUGGUCACACUGUGGUACCGCCCGCCGGAUGUACUCUUCGGGGCUAAGCUGUACUCCACGUCCAUUGACAUGUGGUCAGCCGGCUGCAUCUUCGCAGAGCUGGCCAACGCAGGGCGGCCCCUCUUCCCGGGCAAUGACGUGGAUGACCAGCUGAAGCGGAUCUUCCGACUGUUGGGCACCCCUACAGAGGAGCAGUGGCCCGCCAUGACCAAGCUGCCCGACUAUAAGCCCUACCCCAUGUACCCGGCCACGGCGUCGCUGGUGAACGUCGUCCCCAAGCUCAAUGCCACGGGCAGGGACCUGCUGCAGAACCUUCUCAAGUGCAACCCGGUGCAGCGCAUCUCCGCAGAGGAGGCCCUGCAGCACCCCUACUUCUCCGACUUCUGCCCUCCCUAGGCGCGGGGCCCAGGCUGCCAGGCUGGGGCCUGGUCUCUCGGCCGCCCCCAGGAGGGCAGGGUGCGAGCCCCAGCUGUGCUGGGCAGUGGGCGGGGGGUGGGGGGGCGGC